ACCACAAACGCUUGCUUCUCUGCGCAGAGACAAACAUUGUAGCUACAGAAACGGAGAGGAAAGAUACUUCAUGGGGUUCUCUCAGCUGUGGGCAAUUGACCCACUGUGCUAACUUGGAAUUUGACAGUACACGUGUAUCUUUAAAGCUUACAUCGAGAAACAAUUAGAUACAAAUUUUAGCGAUUCAUCUCUCUAGAACGUCUCAUCUGUUUGUCAAAGUAUGGUCGGUCGUGCCGCUGAAAGAGCUCCAAAACUGGCUAAAUAAAUAGUGAAAGUGAGUUUGCCCCGGUGUAAUAAAUCCGAUAAGAGAGUCGUUAUCUAAUGUUAGAUUUACAUGAAAGUGUUUUGUGUUGUGCUUCUGAGGAAUGAGAUAAUAAAGCUAUAAGUUUGUGCAAUUCCGAGUCAUCUGUUCUAGAAUCUGCCUCAGUGGUCUAUGACUCUCGAUUAAGCCUAGAAUGCGUAUACUACAUAGGCGUAUAUCCAUGCAUUGACUGGUUGAAAUUGAUUUUUCACAAAGAACAUAGUUUCUACCAUUAACGUACUGCUAACUACAACUCUAAUUAUAGACCUGAUUUAUGUAGAUAUAUGUACAAUCAUACGUUCAGCAAUUAUGUUUCAAACACAGUUAUACUGACGAGUAUUCCCAUAGAUGCUAACCGUUCAAGAUCACGCCAGAGAAAAUGUUUUAGAUAGUGUCAUCGUUUCCAAGAAGUUCAUAAUGAAUCGGACUAGAAAAACCUGUGGAAGUGCUCCGAAUCCUGUACUUAAAGCGAAUGCCAUCUCCAAGUGGACCUUUUGGUGGUUGCGUGAUAUCCUGUACAAAGGUUACAGCCGUCCGUUGAAUGAGGAGGAAAUCUAUGAGAAUAAGCCAUGGCUCGACAGCGAAAAAAAUACAAAUAAAAUCAACGGCCUCUGGCAAAAGGAACUUAAAAAAAGUAAACCUAGUAUGAUGAGAGUGUUACUGAAAACCUACGGUUUAAGGAUUUUGCUGCUGGACAUCAUGUAUAGUAGCAUCGAGAUUACUGCGAGGCUUCUACAGCCCUUCUGCCUUGGUGGCUUAGUGACUUAUUUCGUUGCUGGACAAACUGAAAUAAGCAGAGAAUUGGCAUUCACUUACGCAGCCAUAAUUGUCCUAUGCUCUCUAGUCCCGGCGUUGGUGUUUCAUGCCUAUAUAUUGUACUUAUUCGAAUUAGCUAGGAAACUUGCUGUGGGAUGUGCUGGGAUUAUAUACGAUAAGAUCCUGAGGAUACCAAAAGCUUCAAGCAAUGACGGAUUAAGUGGUCGUGCGAUCAAUAUUUUGUCAAAUGAUUUAGCUAAGUUUGAUUUGGCAGUGUGUUUUGCUCACCACCUUUGGAAGGGGCCACUUGAAGCUGUCCUACUCACGUACUUCAUGUAUCAGGAGAUGGGAGUUGCACCACUAAUUGGGGUGGCUUUUAUGCUUGCCUUCAUACCUCUACAAGCGUGGGCUGCCAAGAAGGCAGCGUACUACAGGCGACUAACAGCCGAACGGACAGACUUCAGAGUCAAACUUAUGAAUGAAAUAAUUCAGGGUAUACAAGUAAUAAAGAUGUACGCUUGGGAAGGAUCAUUUGCUUCAGUUAUAGCCAAAGUGCGGAGAAAAGAAAUUAAUGCAAUUCGAGGAACAUUGUACAUUCAUGCUGGCCUUUUUUCGAUUACAACAGUGCCGCGGGUGUCUAUAUUUUUGACUGUUUUGUCUUAUGUUUUUUACGGGGACAUACUGACUGCAAGGAAGGUGUUCAUAAUCUCAUCGCUUUUUAAUACACUAAAGGAUUCGAUGGUGUUCUUUUGGCCUAUUUCACUAAUGUUCUUUGCUGAAGCUAAAGUUUCGGUUAAGAGAGUGCAAGAAUUUCUUCUUGAAAAGGAUGGUGGUGAUCGCACAUAUUCGAAGGACGGAAAUGAGAACGGAGUAAUAAAAAAUAAUUCGCAUAUCAUUAAGGACGAUAUCGUCAAAUUUACAAGCCGAAGAACUCAAAAUUUGCACACAACGACUAAAGGAAUCUCCCUACGCGAUGCAAGCACAGCUUGGGAGAGUGACGUUAACGAUGUUAUGAAAGACUAUAACAUAGACAUACAAAGUCCUUCCAUGGUUGCUAUUGUAGGACCAGUAGGGUCAGGAAAGUCUUCUCUAUUGAACGUUAUCAUUGGCGAAUUGGAAUUGAAAAAUGGAUUUGCCGUGGUGAAUGGUAGCAUAAGCUAUGCAUGUCAAGAGCCGUGGGUGUUUGAAGGCACUGUUAAGGACAACAUCGUUUUCAUUGACGACUACGAUGAAGCUCGUUACAAGGAUGUGAUUAGAGUUUGUGCUCUGGAACGCGACUUGGAUCUGUUUUCACACGGGGAUCAAACCUUAGUAGGCGAAAGAGGAGUUUCGUUAAGUGGCGGUCAGAAAGCUAGGAUCAGCUUAGCUCGAGCUAUUUACAGAAAAGCAGAUAUAUAUCUUCUAGACGAUCCUUUAUCAGCAGUUGAUGCUCAAGUCGGACGCCACAUUUUCGAUAAUUGCAUUAAAACGUUCCUGCAGGAUAAAAUAGUUUUGCUAGUGACACAUCAACUUCAGUACUUAAAAGAUGUAGAACAUUUAAUUUUUAUUAAUGGUGGUCGUAUUGCCGCUCAAGGAUCAUACCGAAGUUUACAGAAGAUACCAGACUUGAAAUUUCUGGCUGAAACUCAUGAUGAAUCAGGGGAUAGUAUGGAGAAAUGUGAAAAGGACUUCGCUGAAGUUACAAAGACGGAAGAGAAGAAGCCGCUGAAAAAUGGAAGUAGUGAUGAUGAGGUCAAAGAGCAGCAGGCGGUGGGGGCGGUUAGCGCUCGGGUUUAUGUGUCGUAUUUUAAAUCACUUGAUCGAUAUUCAUUUAUGUUCAUCGUAUUCUUCUUAUUUUUCUUGGCUAGAGGAGUGUUGGCGGCGGUGGAUUACUUCCUCUCGAGAUGGGUAAUUUGGGAGGAAUACCUAGCAGUAAAUAGGACAACGACCCCGGUAUCUACAGCUAACUUCAGCGAAGCUUCCAAUACCACUGGCGAUUUUUUGGCUACCCAAAGCCGCGAAAUGUCGAUAUUUAUCUACAGCCUGUUAUUGGGCUCGGGGCUAAUUUUACAUUUAAUGAGAAGCUAUGGUUUCUACAUAAUGUGCCUUCGAAUAUCUUUGAAUUUACAUGAUAGACUAUUCCGCGGUAUCACAAGGGCGAAGAUGCGAUUUUUCAAUACAAAUCCAUCAGGAAGGAUACUGAAUCGAUUUUCUAAGGACAUACAUACCAUUGAUACCUUUAUUCCUGAUACCAUGGUUGAUUGUUUGUCGUUUAUCGUGGAUUUCGCCGCAGUCCUUGCGAUUGUCGUUGUCGUGAAUUAUUGGUUGCUUGCUCCAACUGUAGUCAUUUCAAUUGUGUUCUACCUUAUGCGCACCGUCUAUGUGAAUGCUGGCCGUAGUAUCAAGCGAAUGGAAGCAAUCUCGCGGAGUCCUAUUUUUUCACAUACGAACCAGACGUUCCAAGGAAUCACUACGAUUCGAUCAUUCGGUGCUGAACCUAUGUUGAAAGAGGAAUUUCACUACUUCCAAAAUCGUAAUACUGCGGCUUACUACUUAUUUUUAACAUCGACCAGAGCGUUCGCUUUCUGGCUUGACAUAGUUUGUGUGAUGUACAUAGGGGUAGUUACCUUCAGCUUCCUAAUCUUCGCAAACCAGUUUCAAAGUGGCGAUGUCGGGUUGGCUAUUAUGCAGAGUGUAACCAUGAUAGGUAUGUGUCAAUGGGGGAUGCGGCAAACAGCCGAAUUGGAGAGUCAAAUGACAAGCGUAGAGCGUGUGAUAGAAUAUGUCGAGGAACCUCCAGAACCUCCAUUGGAAACUGCUCCUGAACACCACCUUCCUGGAGACUGGCCAGAUAAAGGAGUGGUUAGAUUCGACAAAAUGUCGCUACGAUAUUCCGAAUAUGGUGAAACAAUUUUGAAAGAUUUGAACUUUGCGAUUGAAGCAAAGGAAAAGAUAGGAAUCGUUGGACGAACAGGAGCUGGGAAGUCAUCGAUAAUUCAGGCUUUAUUCAGGUUAGCUAUAAACGAAGGGAAUGUUUUCAUAGAUGGUGUUGAUAUUGGUAACCUCGGCUUGCAUGACUUGCGGAAGAGAAUAUCGAUCAUUCCACAAGACCCUAUAUUAUUCUCGGGGACACUGCGCUAUAAUUUGGAUCCGUUUGAGACCAAAUCUGAUGCUGACUUGUGGAUGGCAUUAGAGGAAGUGGAGUUGAAGACAUACGUUACGAGCCUAGUGGGGGGAUUAAACUGCAAGAUGUCGGAUGGCGGAUCAAACUUUAGUAUGGGACAAAGGCAACUGGUUUGUUUGGCGCGUGCUAUUUUGAGAAAUAAUAAGAUUUUGAUACUUGAUGAAGCGACAGCGAAUGUGGAUCCAGAAACCGACAAACUCAUACAACAAACAAUACGGACGAAAUUUGCUGAUUGUACCGUCCUAACUAUUGCCCAUCGUCUUCAUACAGUGAUGGACAGUGAUCGUGUUCUGGUCAUGGAUGCUGGAAGAGCUGUUGAAUUGGGACCGCCUUAUGAGUUACUUCAGAAAAACGAUGGUCAUUUGAGAAAGUUGGUGAAUAAAACUGGCAGUGCGACUGCUUCCGUCCUUAUGGAGGUUGCGAAAUCGAACUACAAAAUUGUCGACGAUAAGUCACACAGCGAUUAGGCGCAACACUAUAAUAAGAAUGUAAAUUGGUGGUAUGUGAUGCAAAUCUUACGUCCUGUAAUCUCACAUUUCAAGUAUUAUGUCUAUUGUUUCCAAACGAGUGUCUUAUUAUACAUUGUUCACUAUAUUUUUAUAUUAAGUCUCAAUAGUGCCUUUCCAGGCUUUGUGAUAGUGGUCGAAACUUAAUAAUUUACGUUUGUUGUAUACACUGUACCUGCUGGAAAUGUUAUCACUCAGAACGUGGAUGAAUUGUAAGAUUUUUGGAAAUAUUUAUUAAUUGUGAAAUAAAUGAAAGAAUUCAA